AUGAACUCCAACACAGCCCCCGGCGCCCCUCACCAACAAUGGACAAGCGUCAGUCACGACGCCGAGGGCACCAAGAAGGGAUCGAGCCCGCCAUUAUCAACUGGCGACUCACCGUAUGGUUACCAGCAGCAGUACCAGCAGCAGCAGGGGUAUGCCGCUCUGGGUCUCGGAUCGUAUCCCUACACCCCAGCUCCCACCGGGAUAAACAGUCUUUCAAAUCCCUAUAACGCUCCCAGAUCUUCACCCUCGGCGCCCUCGGCACGUCGCUCUUCAAGCCAAAAGAUUGCCACACCACCACAACCUCCACAGGCCAGUCCGAUUCCGUCAUCGUCGGCGAGAUACUAUGGCAGCGGGCCAGAGCCUCACUCUUCGCCAUAUCCCAGCUCUGCCCCUCCCCAGACUCUCACCCACCCGUUCAGCGUCCCGGGCCAGCCACCGUCGGCACAUCCCUCUUACCAGUCGUAUCCCUAUGAGCCACGACAUGGUCAGUGGGUCCAGUAUCCCAGCGGCUUUCCCCACCAGCCAAAACAUCCUUCUGGUCCUUCGCCCACAGUCCACCAAAGCCCGUCACUGGGUGAAAGACCGGCACCGGCACCGGGCUACGAGUACCCUUCGCCGGCGUAUCAACAAUGGCAAGGGCCGGAUGCCAAGCCCCCGCUUCCCAUGGGCCACUGGCAAAACGGUCAACGUCUGUCCCAAUCCGCUCAGCCCCCGCAACAACCAAACGCCGCUUCACAAUCUCCUCAUGCGCAAAGCUCGUCGCCGAUGUUUCAGCAGGGCCAGUGGGCGGGGUACCCUUCUAUGUCGGGGGUGCCGCCACAUACGAUGGGCGGGAAUGGGAUGAUGGGUGCGCAACCGUAUUGGAUGCAGCAGCAACAGCAGCCGGGUUGGCAGGGGUACUAUCCGAGUGCCUCACAGCCUGCGCCCGAUGGUGCUCCCGCUCCGGCUUCUACUGCAGCUUUGACAAAUACAGCGCUGCUGCCCCGGGAUUCUUCAGCCCCCGCACCUUCUACGCCCAAGACGGUUCCAAAAAAGGGAUCGGGCAAAGAACCGAAGAAGAAGAAGGAAGAGCCUGCCCCUCCGCCUCCCGAGGCGCCUCAAGUGUCUCAAGAGUACGCUGGUCUAGGCAAGCGGCUAUCAGAAGAUGGGUUGGAGGAAAUACAAGACAAGGAAAGCGGGAGCCAUUCAAAGAGGAAGAAGAAAAAGGUCGAGGUGGAGGAGCAGCCGCCAGAGGAAGCGUUUGAAAGGCUAGAACGACCGGAAAAGCCCGUGGCGAGACCAAAGUCGAAACUUCACCCUCCUAAGCAAGCACCCUCGGCCUGGCAGCUCUUUUUCGCAGACGAGCUUGCCCGGGCCAAGGCCCUCGAACCGCCGCCCGACACCUCGCCUGGCGGUACCGUCCACCCGCACAAGUUUAAUGUCGCCAAUAUGGCCAAAGAGGCUGGGCAGAAUUAUGCGAACCUGAGCGCCGAACGAAAAGCCUACUAUGCCGAAAAGGUAAAGAUAGCGCGGGAGCAGCAUGCAAAGGCGCUGCAGGCUUGGCAAGCGACCUUGACACCAGAAGAUGUCCGGCUCGAGAAUCUCUUUAGGGCCCAGCAGAGGAAGGAGGGCAAGUCGAGAAAGGGCAAUAUCAAGGAUCCCAACGCGCCCAAAAAGCCGUUGAGUGCAUAUUUCUUGUUUCUCAAGGCUAUAAGGGAGAAUCAAGAGAUCAGGGAUCAAGUCUGGGGAGAGGCGGUUGCCACGACAAAGCAGAGCAUACUCGCGGCUGAAAAGUGGAGAAACUUGACAGAUCUAGAAAAGAAGCCGUAUCUGGAACAAGCCGAGCUGAGCAAGCAGGCUUAUGAAAUCGCUCGAAAGCAAUAUGAGGAAGAGUCGGCCGCUCGAGCUCGCGGGGAAGACAUUCCUGUCAGGACUCCAAUCGACGUCACUUCGUCCCCUCCCAAACCUCCAUCAUCCAUCUUGCAGACCCGCCCACCCACCCAAAUGCCAAUACAGGUCCCUCUCCAGAUACCGUCUUCUCCCAAACCGUCAUCUUCCCAUCCUCUGUCUGAUCCGGUGUCGAGUAUUGGGCCUCUGACAACGCCGGUGAUGGCUACGUCGGCAAACCCCAUGCUGUCGGUCGCGCCGAUAGGGAUAUCGCCCCAAGAGGUGAAGCCUCCCGUGGCGUUUACCGACCUUGCGCCUCCGUCCCCUCCCGCGGGAGAUUUCAAAAGUUCUAUCGGGGACGUUUUUGAUUUCAUUACUGAAUAA